GUUAGGCUAGUAAACAAGUAAGCCUGCCUCGGCUCAGUCGAAAAAAAACGUUGAAUGAGUCAGAUGCGGGUCGGAUGGUGCCGCAGGCCAAUGAAUUAACUCGCCCACGUCUACAAGCGCUCGAUUCAAAAGUUCCUAUAAUAUUUAAGCCUAAGGAUAAAUCAUAACAUAGUACAAAACUAUCGCCGCUAACUUAAAAUAAUUAACAACUGAACUAGCUAAUAACCCUACAAACUCGAAGUCCAAUUAUCUAUGCGCAAAUACAAAUACGUUCAACUGAAACUGGCAAAACUCUAAAUGCCUUCUCCUGAAGGUCCAACGCUCCAGUCAGCUGAUAAUGGAUUCGACUGCUUUCAGACUUCAGUAAACUUCAAAUCCUUUGAGGGGUAAUCAUGCCAUUGACUCAGUAAAUUGCUCCAAUAAUGGUAAUGACGACGGCUCUCCAAUGUCCAGUUCUGAUGUGGAAACUUUUAACGGCAAAAUAGUUUACAAUCUCGAUGGCAGCGCCAUUAUUAUCGACGCAGACAAUGCCAACGGAAGUGGAUCGGUGUCUGCUCAAAGUUUACACGCCUUAACUUCGGCUUCAGCGUCAGCAAAGAAACUCUCAAAGGUCAAAGACAGUGGGCAGGAGGAGAAGCGAAAAGAACACCAGCAUCAGAAACACCAACAGCAUCUACAACAUCAACAACAUCAGGAAGAAAGCGAGGAACAGGAGCAGGAGCGAACCGAUGCUGAUGUGGAUGUGGAGGCUGGUGGAUGUGGUAUUGGUGUCGAAGCCUUAGGAGGAGCAACCUACAAAUUAAGUCCUAAAAUCCAUUCGUUUCGUGUGGUGUCCGCGCAAGAUGCAAACUCAACUUGCCAGGAUCAAAUUAGAGCGUUCAAAAUCCACAAACCGAUUUUAAUGUGUUUUAUAUGCAAGUUGUCCUUCGGCAACGUCAAGUCCUUCAGCUUGCAUGCAAACACCGAACACAGACUCAACCUGGAAGAGCUGGACCAGCAGCUCCUUAACCGCGAGUACUCCAGUGCCAUUAUUCAGCGAAACAUGGACGAAAAGCCGCAGAUAUCCUUCCUGCAGCCCUUGGACAACAACGCCACCUGUGCUGCCAGCGACGACACCGAGAAGCUUCAAGUAGCCCCUGAUGGCAUUGGCGCCCCUCUGCCGCCGUCUCCGCAGCUAGUUAUCGGCAGCGAGAGCAAGUCCAAGCUGGAGCCCGAACAGAAGCUGGAGACUGAGCAGGUCCGGGCAGGUCUGGACCUCGAGCAGAAGCCUGACGGCGAUCAGGACAGCAGCAGUAGUAGUAGUAAGAUGGCAGCACCUAGUGCAUAUCUCCCAUUAUCAUCACUAUCGCCCAAAGUAGCAGCGAAAUCAACUGUGAAACUUGGUUCCUUAAACUCAGCAACAGCAACAGCAACAGCAAAGACUAAUAACCUAUCGAAAGUAUCCUCAACCAGUUCACCUUCACCCACAUCGGCUUACGCGUCCGGAGAGCUCUCAUCACCCAGUACUGAUAAUAUAAGUAUCAAUAAGUCAACCAGUUACAACCCGGCAACGGAGCCGCCGUCGUCGUCGUCGUCGGAGGUCGAAGUGAAACUGGGCUCCAUGUCCGCCUCACCCCAAACGAAUGACUCGGAUGUGCCCUGCCAGGACUUCCUGCAGCUGCAGCAGCUGCAGCAGCUAGCGGCCGGUGGCAUUUACCCUCCUCAAGUCAGUUCCUUCCAUGCCUCUCUAGCCGCGCUGGCCGCCAAUGAAUCGAACGACACCCGGGUGAAGCUCAUCACCGAGUUCCUCCAGCAGCAGCUUCAGCAGCACCAGCAGCACCAGCAGCACCAGCAGCAGAGCUCGCUAUUUCCCGCUAGUUCCCAAUGUCCCGAUCAUCCCGACCACAAUGGCGUGGACUGCAAGACCUGCGAACUCCUCGACAUCCACCAGCAGCCGAAGUCUCCGUCCUCCUCUCACCAGCAUCUCUCGCAGUCUCUGCCUCAGCUGCAGCUUCAGGUGCAAUCCCAGUCGCAAUCCCAGUCGCAGUCCCAGUCGCAGUCGCAGUCGCAGUCGCAGCAGAUUCCACAUCGCUCUCCUUGCGGUAACAGUGUUGGGCUGGCCAUAUCGCCCACUGCCUCAUCGGUGGCCAGCGUGGGAAAUGCGUCGAACGCCACGUCCAGCUUCACAAUCGGCGCCUGUUCCGAGCACAUCAACGGUCGUCCCCAAGGAGUGGACUGCGCGCGGUGUGAAAUGCUUCUAAACUCGGCUCGACUAAACAGCGGCGUGCAAAUGUCCACUCGCAACUCCUGCAAGACUCUGAAAUGUCCGCAAUGCAAUUGGCACUACAAGUACCAGGAGACACUGGAGAUCCACAUGCGGGAGAAGCAUCCCGAUGGGGAGAGUGCCUGUGGCUACUGCCUUGCAGGACAACAGCAUCCUCGGCUGGCUCGGGGGGAAUCGUACUCGUGCGGUUACAAGCCGUACCGCUGUGAAAUCUGCAACUACUCCACGACCACCAAGGGCAAUCUCUCCAUUCACAUGCAAUCGGACAAGCACCUGAACAACAUGCAGGAGCUGAACAGUUCCCAGAAUAUGGUAGCUGCAGCGGCGGCCGCAGCGGCGACUAGCAAGCUGCUCCUCUCCAGCUCGUCUCCGGCUCACCAAGGCGCCAGUGCGGGUCCGUCCAACAGUGGAUCGGUCGGAGCCUCCGGCGGCGCUGGCUGCAGCGGAGCCAACAGUGUGGGCGGCAACGCAUCUCUGGGCGCAAACGCGGCAGCCGCAGGCAGUGGUGCAUGCAACCCUGGUGCCAACGCCGGGGGCAGUGGAAGCAGCUCCAGUGGCAAGCCGAAGCCCUCGUUCCGGUGCGACAUCUGCAGCUACGAGACGUCCGUGGCCCGCAACCUGCGCAUCCACAUGACCAGCGAGAAGCACACCCACAACAUGGCUGUGCUGCAGAACAACAUCAAGCACAUCCAGGCGUUCAACUUCCUGCAGCAACAGCAGCAACAAGGAUCCAGUGGAUCCACUGUCCCUGGACUCGGCUCCGGCGGCUUCAUGCCCGAGGUUGCGUUGGCCGAUCUGGCGUACAACCAGGCGCUCAUGAUCCAGCUCCUCCACCAACAGCAGCAGCAGCAGCAGCAGCAGCAGCAGCAGCAACAGCAUCAGCAUCAGCAGUCAGCUAGUACCAAAUUAUCACCCUCAUCGUCACCCGUGAGCACUCCGGAUCAGUUCUCCUUCUCGCCAAAGCCAAUGAAGAUCGGUCACGGAGCGAGCGUUGGCUUGGGCCUGGGAAUGCCAAUGGGAAUGGGAAUGGGAAUGAGUCACUCGAACGAGGUGCCCGGCGACUUGUCGGGCGAUCCGCAUCCACUGACGAAGACGGACAAGUGGCCUACGGCGUUCUACAGCUGUCUAAUCUGCGACUGCUUCAGUACGAACAACCUGGACGAUCUGAACCAGCAUUUGCUGGUGGAUCGGUCACGGCAGUCCUCGAGCGCCUCCACCGAAAUAAUGGUCAUCCACAACAACAACUACAUAUGCCGGCUGUGCAAUUACAAGACGAAUCUCAAGGCCAAUUUCCAGCUGCACAGCAAGACCGACAAGCAUCUGCAGAAGCUCAACUUUAUCAACCACAUUCGCGAGGGCGGCCCCCGCAACGAGUACAAGCUGCAGUAUCAGCAACAGCUGGCCGCCAACGUGGUGCAGCUGAAGUGCAACUGCUGCGACUUCCACACCAACUCCAUUCAGAAGCUGUCCCUGCACACCCAGCAGAUGCGGCACGACACGAUGCGGAUGAUAUUCCAGCACCUACUGUACAUUGUGCAGCAGAGUCAGAUGCUCAAGAAGGCUCCAACCACGGCGGAGGAUGAUCCCCAGUGCUCCUGUCCGGAUGAGGAUCAGCAGUUGCAGUUGCCAGCGCAGUCGACCAGAAAGCUGCUCCUCUGUCAGCUGUGCAACUUCACCGCUAAGAACCUGCAUGAAAUGGUGCAGCAUGUGAAGGGCAUGCGACACAUGCAAGUCGAACAAUUCAUAUGUUUGCAGCGUCGAAGUGAGAACCAAGAAAUACCCGCACUGAACGAGGUGUUCAAAGUGACGGAGUGGAUUCUGGACAACGAAGAAGUUGCUUUCGAGAGUGGCUUUAACUUGGCCAGAACGGAACCAAAUGAUAGUACCUCCGAUGUCAGCUUUGCGGCAGCAUCAUCUGCGACUGCCCCCGCCAUUCCAGAUGGCAGUAUUUUUUCACCGACUUCUCCUCUGAGUUGCGCGACAUCAUGCGGCAAGAGUUUGGGUUACAUUGCAUCGCCCAGCGCAAAUAGCUUUGGUUCAGGUGCCGGUGCCGGUGCCGGUGCCGGUGCCCCAGUCCCCACCACAGUAUUCAAGUGCAAUCUCUGCGAGUACUUCGUGCAAUCGAAAGGCGACAUGGCCUCUCACAUUGAGACUGAGCACCCAUGCGCCGAGAGUGAUGACUUCAUCAGUAUACCAACCAACACCGCUGCCCUGCAGGCUUUCCAAACAGCUGUGGCAGCAGCUGCGCUAGCUGCGGUGCAACAGCGUUGCGCCGCUAUCAAUGCACCGACACCGACACCGACACCGACGCAAGACGAUGUCGAAGCGGACAAGAACUCGGACGCGAAUGCUGGCGACGGCCCAGUGGCCAUCAAGCGGGAGCGGCUUGAGGAGGAGGACGAUCCCAUGACCGCCGUAGAGGACACCAAAGAGAUUACUUCCCAGGCGCCGGCCUCUUCGGAGUCGCCGAAAGAUCCGGACACGGACACUCAAGUCGGAGUGCAGUGUCCCUUGUGUCUGGAGAACCAUUUCCGGGAGAAGCAAUACCUGGAGGCCCACUUGACAAGCGUGCACAGCGUUACCAGGGACGGCCUCUCCCGACUUUUGUCGCUUGUGGAUCAGAAGGCCUGGAGGAAAGGAAGUGAGGGCAUCGGCAAAGCCUCCCAAGCUCUGUAUACCAAUAGCAACACGGAGGAGGCAGCCCCAGCACCUAGUGAAGUCUUCGAGGAGUGCACUUCCAGCCUUUCGGCCUCCAGUACGAACGCAGCCAAGGGCACCACUGCCACCAACACGAGUCUCCCAGUGGGAAUGCAGGGGCUCUCCUGCCAGCAGUGCGAGGCUAGCUUCAAGCACGAGGAGCAGCUGCUACAGCAUGCGCAGCAGAACCAGCACUUCUCGCUGCAAAACGGAGAGUACUUGUGCCUCGCGGCCAGCCAUAUAAGUCGGCCCUGCUACAUGAGCUUCAGGAGCAUUUCAGCCAUGAUCAGCCACUUCCAGGACUCGCACAUGAGCUUAGUCAUCUCGGAGCGCCAUGUCUACAAGUAUCGGUGCAAACAGUGCUCCCUGGCGUUCAAAACCCAAGAAAAGCUCACCACGCACAUGCUGUACCACACAAUGCGGGAUGCCACCAAGUGCUCCCUUUGCCAGCGCAACUUCCGCAGCACGCAGGCGCUGCAGAAGCACAUGGAGCAGGCGCACCCCGAGGAUGGAGCACCACCAGCCAGGUCGAACAGUCCGCAGACGCCGACAUUGAAUGCCGAGGAGGGGCACAACCACUCAUCGGGGGAGGCCCAUGCCCAAGAAAGAGAGCUCCCAGCGACUGAUGUCUCAACGCUUCGUGCGGAAUCGCAAGCCAGCAAGGAAACUAGGCACUUGUCGCCCAGCCCAAUGUCCCAGGACGCCCAGACCCAGCAGCAAUACCUCGCAACCUUCGCAGCCUUGCUGAAGCAGCAGCAGUGCAACUCAGAUGUAGGCCUCCACCCCGAUGCCCUGUCACUGUCCACUGGAGAGUUUUCUCAGCACUUGCAGGGCCUGCAAAACUUACAAAAUCUUCAGCACAUUCAACAGCAGUUUGGGAGCGUAGCUGCCGCAUCGGGACUACCGAUCAAUCCGGUGGACAUGCUAAACCUGAUGCAGUUUCACCACUUGAUGUCCCUCAACUUCAUGAACCUGGCACCGCCCUUGGUCUUUGGCGCCGGGGCCUCCGGAAGCAACGCUGUUCCCGUGUCGACAGGCCAAAACAACAGCAUUACCUCCUCCGCGGCUGCUGUGUCAGGAUUGGCUGAUGUCCAGCUCGCCAGCGGAGUCAACGCCUUGCCGGUGGACUCGGCUAAGGCUUCGAUGGUCUCAGCUCAACCUCAGCACAAUGUCAACUCAAACUCUCAGCUGGCCAGCAACCAAAAGCGGGCCCGAACGCGUAUAACAGAUGACCAGUUAAAGAUUUUACGCGCACAUUUCGACAUAAACAACUCGCCAAGCGAAGAAAGCAUAAUGGAAAUGUCACAAAAAGCAAAUCUACCGAUGAAGGUGGUAAAGCACUGGUUUCGAAACACUUUGUUCAAAGAAAGGCAACGGAACAAGGAUUCUCCCUAUAAUUUCAACAACCCACCGUCGACAACUCUUAACUUGGAGGAGUAUGAACGCACAGGUCAGGCCAAAGUUACCCCUCUAAAUGAUACCAGUAGCGUCGCAAUAACAGCGCCCAUGACGACAGCAACGAUUUCAUCAGCAUCGCCUGCUAUUACCAAUCUGAGCUCAAAAGAAAACGCAACUGCAAGGGUAACAACGGUUGGAAAGGCAAUCGCUUCAGUGCCCGUCUUGUUCCCUGCUACCGUUCCAAUCUCAACGCCAGUUUCUCGCCCAGAAUCUACGAACUCGAGCGGCAAUAUAUCCGAUUACCUUAGCAAUAAUCUAUUUUUUGGACAGCAGGGGGGUAAGGACCAAGGCUUGCCAUAUCCUGCGGAAGAGCAGAUAAAGUCGGAGCCUCAGGACAAUAUGAUUGGGGCCAAUGACUUCGCAUUCCAAACAAAGCAGCAGCCAAACUUUAACUUUUUAAAGCAUCAGCAGGAACUUGGGGACCCGCAAGAACAAUCUAUUACGAAUCAAGACACGGAUAUUUCGCAGGACCAAUCAAUACUUGCAGGUUCUUCCAUUACGGCUCACUGUCAAGGCCAACAGCAAACAAACAUCUUUGAAACGAAAUCGGAGAGUGGUAGCUCCGAUGUGAUGUCGCGUCCUCCUACUCCGAGCAGUGCAGCUGCGGGAAACCUCUACGGCAGUAUGAACGAUUUGAUAAAUCAGCAAUUGGAAAACAUGGGCAGUAACAUGGGACCACCAAAAAAGCUUCAGAUUGUUGGCAAAACUUUCGACAAGAACUCAACACCGCUCUCCAGUUCGGCGAGUGCUAGCACUCAGUUUGAAAGCAACUCCUCCAACUCAUCGAGUUCUUCAUCCUCGACUUCAGGUGGCAAGAGAGCUAACCGAACUCGCUUCACUGACUAUCAAAUAAAGGUUUUGCAGGAAUUUUUCGAGAAUAAUUCAUACCCGAAAGACAGUGAUCUUGAGUAUUUGAGCAAGCUCUUGUUGUUGUCUCCCCGUGUCAUCGUGGUUUGGUUUCAAAACGCCAGGCAAAAGCAACGCAAGAUUUACGAAAACCAACCGAACAACUCGCUUUUCGAAAACGAGGAGACCAAAAAACAAAACAUCAACUAUGCGUGCAAAAAGUGUAGUUUGGUGUUCCAGCGGUACUACGAGCUAAUCCGACAUCAGAAGAAUCACUGCUUCAAGGAGGAGAAUAACAAAAAGUCAGCCAAGGCCCAAAUUGCUGCUGCUCAAAUCGCCCAGAAUCUAAGCUCGGAGGACUCUAACUCCUCCAUGGACAUACACCAUGUUGGCAUUUGUCCGUCAGGCUCAUCAGUGGUUUCGCAAGCCGUUUCUGCAGCUCCUCUGGCGGGACAGUUCGCACAGCAAUCGUUUGGCGCUCUGCCCUCACCGCAGCAUAUGUUUGCGAAGUCUGCCUCCCUCACUGACUUCAGCCCUUCCACCACUCCUACGCCCCCCCAACGAGAACGCAGCAACAGCCUGGACCAUCCACAACGGCCUUCCAAGUUCGACUGUGAUAAGUGCGAACUGCAGUUUAGCCACUUGGAGAAAUUGCGAGAGCACCAACUAUUGCACCUGAUGAAUCCAGGUAACAUUUUCUCAGAUGCAGGCCAGAACUCCAAUCCAGACGCCAACUUCGGUCCGUUCGGCAGUAUACUGCAGAGCCUACAGCAAGCAGCGGCGCAACAACAACAACAACAACAACAGCCUCAACAGCCUCAACAGCCUCAACACCAACCACCACCGACAAAAAAGCGAAAAUACUCGGACAGCUCUUCCAAUCCAGAUGAAAUGCCGACCAUAUCGGAACUCGAGGCUUCACAUAAGAAGCACGAAUUCCUGUACAAAUACUUUAUGCAGAACGAAACGAACUCGGAGCUGAAACAGCAGUUUCUCAUGCAAAGCCAACACAAGAAGGCGUUGCAGUUUCAAUCCCAAGAGCAAGGAACUGAAUCCGACUUUGAAUUAGAAUUCUUAACCAAUUUCUAUCAGCAGAGUGAGUUAAAGAAAGUCAGUAACUAUGACUUUCUACUGCAGUACUACCGCACUCAGGAGGAGGCAGCCCUGAAGACCAAGUCCAAGCAACAGCAUCCGUUUAGCUCCAGUAAGAAGCCAACUAUCGAGUUCCUACUGCAGUACUAUCAACUGAACGAGUCAAAGAAGUUUUUUCAGUUAGUUGCCUCGCCCCAAAUAAUGCCUGAUGGCCUAGGCUACAAGCCGUCGUCGCCGAUGCUGAAAGCUACGACGGACGAAAUCAUUGACGUUAACGCCGAAACAUCGUUGGCGCAGGCAACAGAACUACAGAAAGAGGAGCAGGAUGAACAAUUCAGCAUAGACAGGCCAUGCGACGACAAUGAGUUGUUCAAGACCAAAAACGAAGUGGAAAAGCUUAAUAACAACAACAUUAACAUUAAUAUCAACUCGGCUCAAACCGAUACAACCGUGGCGAACGAUAUCGAAUCAGUUGAAAUGGCAGAAGAGUCGGUGCCAGUGGCUCCCACAUCAAUAGCAAUCAAUGACAAUGGCAAAUAUUUGAGCACGAGAUCCUUACAAACAGACGACAAGGACAAAUCCCAGUACCUACACAACCUUGAGGAUUUUCUGGAUGCCACUAUGAUAGAGAACAACUCUCAGACCCUGACUUUCAAUGAUGACGACAAAGCUUGCCAAAAGGACGAAGCGAGUAUAUCAAUCCAUAAAGCAAACGAUAUGGAGAAACGCUCUUCUGUGUCUCCGGUUAACGUUUCAUCCAAACAAAACAAACGUCUACGUACAACCAUACUUCCGGAGCAACUUAACUUCUUGUAUGAGUGUUACCAAUCCGAAUCAAAUCCAAGCCGAAAAAUGCUUGAAGAGAUAUCUAAGAAAGUAAAUCUUAAGAAACGAGUAGUGCAAGUCUGGUUUCAAAAUUCUCGCGCCAAAGACAAGAAAUCUCGCAACCAGCGACACUAUGCCCACAUAUCUGACGACAACAGCUAUGAUGGCUCAAGUGGCAAAGACGUUGCCAGCGACCUGAAAGCAAAUGGCGUGUCCGCGGAACAGGAUCACGAACUGAAUCUUCAGGACUGCCAGCUGUGCCAAGUCACCCAAGUCAACAUCCGAAAGCACGCUUUCAGCGUAGAGCACAUCUGCAAGAUGAAGAAGCUACUCGAACAAACCACCGAGCUUUAUGCCCAGAGCAAUGGCAGCGGCAGCGACGACAACGAUUCCGACAGGGAAAAGAGAUUUUACGACUUAUCGAAGGCCUUUCUGCUCCAACAUGUUGUUUCGAACGCGGCAAGCAACGCCAAUCUCACGCCGGGAUCUGGACAGGACUCAAAUGCUCUUCCGGAGGAGAACUGUUUGCUUAACUAUAACACUGCUGGCGGUGAUUCGAAGAGUCACAUCCAGCACAACAUGCCUGCCGAGAUCGGCAAUGAUGAGGUCCGUAAGAUCGCUGGUAAUCAGGAACUUAUGCAGCAGCUAUUCAACCGAAACCAUAUCACCGUUAUAGGUGGAAAGUAAAUUGGAGUGUUUGUAUGGCCUUAUAACCGUGGUGGUGGUUAAAACUUAGACUACGAAUGGAAAAAUGACUGCAUAUUGAGAUGCGAAAGAUACGUACACGACACAAAUACGAACAUAAACAAACCAUACUACGAAAACUAAAAAGUUCCUAUUUUAAUGAAAUUUAUAAAAACAUUGACAUUCCACGAACCAAGUGAAUAUACAGAUAUAUGUAUUGAAAUUCUUGCGAAUACCUAUUUCAACAUUAGUAAGAAUUUCUUAGUUAUACGGCAGUGUUCCUAACUAUUCAAAAUAUAAAUUAGCGAUAAUCUUAAAGUAUACACAAUUGUGGCAAUCCUAAAUAAUUCGAAAUGGAGGGCUUAAUUUUGAUAAGUCGAAAUACCAUGGCAGCUCCAAACAAAAUUAUAUAACAACUAGAUACAUAUAUAAUGAACUAGAUUUAAUGACACGUAAACUGAGUUCCUAGCAUUUGAUUGCUUUAUGCCUUUGUUUUCUAUAUUAGAAUGUAAUCAAUGAACACUAAGAUCUGCUUCGGCAUGCCGAUCUUUUAAAUAUUUUUCAAAAGUUUAAGAUAUACAGUGGUUCCUAUUAAAUUUUCGGAAACUGUACAAGGAUAUGAACAUAUAAACAGCUUUUUAUUUAUUUAAUUAUGUCAUAAAUAUGCUGAGAGUAAAUGUGCCAAUAUUUUAUUUUGCAAUGCAUGCUUAUAGCAUAGAAAACAUUGUAUCUUUGAAGCUAUAUUAUACUCAAAAUUGAAUGCGUUUCAAAUUCUAUAAAAAGAACACGUAUCCUAACUAAUUAAAAAAGGAAGAAAAAAACAAAUGAUUAAAAAACAAAGUAUGAGUUUUAGUUGUUGGUUUGUACCUCUAAAUUCCUUUCCAUGUUAAAUAUUUGUUACGGCGAGUUAAACUAUUAAUUCACAUUCAAAAAUAAUUUUGUAUUUUUAAUGACGUAUAUUUGAAAUUUAUGUUUUAGACUUAAAAGAAUAAAUGUCAACUUCUAGGCGGAAGACAGGAGUUACUAUUUCACAAUUGCGUUGAUUUUUUAUUGAAGCUUCCAAUACAGAACUUAGAAUUUAAAACAAAGUCUCAGCUUUUUAUUGUACCGUUAUUUACUAUAUAUAAUUUUUUUAUAUUUUCCCUGCCAAUCUAAGAAAAGAUAUUUUGAGAAGACACAGUUGGCCCAAAAAAACAGUUAAAUGAUAUUUAAACAAAAUAGUGUUAGACUGAUUCCUUUUUCCAAAACUUUUAAAUUACCCAUAUUUAUAUGUAUUCAAUGUCAUUCCGCAUCACUUACAUCCAUACGUACUCGUAUAUGCAUAAGUGUAUUGUUAACUGCAAAAAAUAUAUACAUAUGUUGCGAAACAUAAGAAAAAUGUACUAAGAAGUUCCUAUAGAAUUUAAUAAAAAGAAAUACAAAUAUAUUUACGUGUAAGUUCAGAAAUACCAUUAUUUUCUGUUUAUCUAAUUUUAAAUUAUGACAGGAAAAUGAUGAAGAACUAAUCAGCAUAUGUCCAUAUUAACAUUAGAAUAUUAAAAAUGUGUGCAGUGUUUAAAAUCCCAUAAUCAUUUUAUAAAAUAAUUAUUUUCAUACCUAUGUACUUAAGCAUUCAUAAUUGCCAAGAAACACAGAUUGACAUAUUUGGACAUAAUAGCAGUCUUACACUUUCAUAUAUAUGUAUAUGAUCAUGAAACUAUACCCUCGCAAUUACAAAUAUGUACUAGUUAACAAAACUAGUCGGUACGAUAAACAUAUUUGAUCAACAUACAUAUGUAACACACAAAAUAAUAUGCGAUUUCACAGACGAGAUCAGAACUUUUAUUGCUCAAUAGAUAGCCACCAUAUAUACUUUCGUAUGUAUGUAUAAAUAUAUAACAUAUCACCAUAAACAUACUAAACUAGACUAAACCCUAAAAAGUUCGGUCUGUUCCUUUUUUCCAAAUACAAUUUUUAGCAAUGACCUUGUCUUUAUAUUUUUGAAUUGACUACAUACAUAGUUUGUGAUUAUUAUGUUAAUUUAUCUUGGGUUCUCCACUGGGUUUCCUCUGAGCUAAGUAAUUGUACAUAUAUAUUUUGUGUGUUAGUGGGAAUGCUAAGCGCAUUUUUGCCAAUCAUAUACAUAUGUAUGUACAACGUUGCUAUUAGUUAAUCGAUUCAAACAAUAUUCUUGCUAUACAAAUACAAAUACUUGAUUCGUAUAUUCAGAGUAAGUAAACUUAAACGUAAACGUAAUUUUAAUGUCAACCUAUGUAUUAAUCAGAGUUACUACAAAUAUUGGGUAAAACUUGAAAAAAGGAAAAAUAAAUACAUAUUUAUAAAGUUCCUAUAUAUUUAAUAAU